GGCGGCCGCUCCCUACCGCCUUCCCCUCCGCCUCCACCUCCUCGCCGCCGCCCAACGGACGGAGCGGACACUCCCCUCCCGCGUUCCGAGCAGCCGCCGCAGCCUGAGAAACAGCAGCAGCCUUCUCGUCCCGGCCGGACGACCAAGGGGCUCCGACUAGACGGAACCGCCGCCUCUCCCUCUGCCUUGGCUCGUCCUCAUGGCCACCCCGGAGGAGAUCGACGGGGCGGGCGUGGCCCGGCCCCACUACGGCUCUGUCCUGGAUAAUGAGAGGAUGACUGCAGAAGAGAUGGAUGAGCGGAGACGGCAGAAUGUGGCCUAUGAAUAUCUUUGCCACCUGGAGGAAGCCAAGAGGUGGAUGGAGGCCUGCCUCAAUGAGGAGCUGCCCCCCACAACGGAGCUGGAGGAGGGGCUCAGGAACGGGGUCUACCUGGCCAAGCUUGGAAACUUUUUCUCCCCCAAAGUGGUGUCUCUCAAGAAGAUCUACGACCGGGAGCAGACCAGGUAUAAGGCUACGGGCCUCCACUUCCGGCAUACAGACAACGUGAUUCAGUGGCUGAAUGCAAUGGCAGAGAUUGGCCUCCCCAAGAUUUUUUACCCAGAAACAACAGACAUCUAUGACCGGAAGAACAUGCCACGCUGCAUCUACUGCAUUCACGCACUCAGUUUGUACCUGUUCAAGUUGGGAUUGGCCCCGCAGAUUCAAGACCUGUAUGGCAAAGUGGACUUCACAGAGGAGGAAAUCAGCAACAUGAGGCUCGAGCUGGAGAAGUAUGGGAUUCAGAUGCCUGCCUUUGGAAAGAUUGGUGGGAUUUUGGCCAAUGAGCUCUCUGUGGAUGAAGCAGCACUGCACGCGGCUGUGAUUGCAAUCAACGACGCCAUCGACCGCCAGAUUCCUGUUGAAACGUUUGCGGCAAUGAGGAACCCCAAUGCCAUGUUGGUGAAUCUGGAAGAGCCCCUUGCGCCCACCUACCAGAGCACCCUGUACCAGGCGAAGCGGGACAAGACAGAAAAUGCACGGAACAAGAUUGCCUCUGAGGAUAUGGAAAGGGAAAGGGACGUGUAUGAAGAGCUGCUGACUCAAGCAGAGAUCCAGGGCAAUGUCAACAAAGUCAACACCCACUCGGCCUUGUCCAAGAUCGACCUGAUUCUGGACCAAGGAGACGCUGCCGCACUGUACGCUGUCCUGUCAUCGGCAGCCUUGGGUCUCCGGGGGCUGCGGCCGGAGAAUAGCGACUGGUACCUGAAGCAGCUUCUGAGGGACAAGCAGCAGAAGAUGGAGGCUGGCAGAGCUGGGCCCUUGCAGAAGGAGGAGCUGCAGGCCGGGGUGGACGUGGCAAAUGGCAUGGCUCAGCAGUACCAGCAGAGAUUGGCAGCUGUGGGGAGGAUCAACACAGCCAUCCGCAACGGCCUCGCUGAGAAGACAGUGGUGGAACUGAUGAACCCCGAGGCCCAGCUGCCUCCAGUCUAUCCGUUUGCUGCUGAGCUGUACCAGAAGGAACUGGCCACCCUGCAGCAGCAGAGUCCGGACGGUCACCUCACACACCCAGAACUGUCGGUGGCUGUGGAGAUGCUCUCUUCAGUGGCCCUCAUCAACCGAGCUCUGGACUCCGGGGAUGUCAACAUGGUCUGGAAGCAGCUGAGCAGCUCAGUGACGGGUCUGACAAAUGUCGAGGAUGAAAACUCCCAGAGAUACAUUGAGGACUUGCUGAAGCUGAAGAGUCAGGCACGGAGCGAAGGGGCCGAGUUCAUCACAUGGAAUGACAUCCAGUCGUGCGUUGACCGGGUGAACGUGGUAGUGCACGAAGAGCAUGAGCGGAUCUUGGCAAUCGGGCUCAUCAAUGAGGCUUUGGACGAAGGAGAUGCGAGGAAGACCUUGCAGGCGCUGCAGAUUCCUGCAGCAAAGCUGGAGGGGGUCACCCCCAAAGUAGCACAGCAUUACCAAGAUGUGCUGCUCCGCACCAAGAGGGAGAAAGCUCAGGAAACUCGGGAUGAAACGGCUGUCCUCUGGCUGGAUGAAAUCCAGGGGGGUGUUCUCCAGUCAAACAGGGACACAGAGGAAGCCCAGUGCUUUGCUGUAGGAAUCCUGGCCAUCAACGAGGCAGUGGACCAGGGAGAUGUUGGGGUGACCCUGGGCUGCCUGCGUUCAGCUGACGUAGGGCUGUAUGGCGUGACCCCAGAGUGUGCCGACACGUAUCAGCAGGAGCUGGCGGAAGUCAAGAGGACGAAGCUGGCAGCAGGAGACAACGGCAGUGAGUGGGUGAAGCACUGGGUGAAGGGAGGCUACCAUUAUUACCAUAACCUGAGGACCAAAGAAGGAAGCUGGGAAGAGCCCCAGGGAGGAUUUGUGCCAAAUAACACACAGCUCUCCCGGGAGGAUAUCCAGAGCUCCAUCUCCGCCGUCACCGCCGCGUACAACCGAGAGCAGCUCUGGCUGGCCAACGAGAACCUGAUUACCAGGCUGCAGGCCUGUUGCCGCGGCUACCUUGUCCGCCAGGAGUUCAGUGGCCGGAUGCGUUUCUUGAAGAAGCAGGUUCCUGCCAUCACCUGCAUCCAGUCUCAGUGGCGUGGCUACAAGCAGCGAAAGGCCUAUCAAGACCGCCUGAAGUACUUGGAGGCCCACAAGGACGAAGCGGUGAAGAUUCAAGCCAUGACCAGGAUGUACCAGGCCCGGAAACGGUACCGAGGUCGGCUGCAGUACUUCCGGGAUCAUAUCAAUGACAUUGUGAAGAUCCAGGCCUUCAUCCGUGCCAAUAAAGCUCGCGAUGACUACAAGACGCUGAUCAAUGCUGAAGACCCCCCAAUGGCGGUUGUCCGGAAGUUUGUGCACUUGCUGGAUCAGAGCGAUCAAGAUUUCCAAGAGGAACUGGACGUGAUGAAGCUGCGUGAGGAGGUCGUGACCUUGAUCCGCUCCAAUCAGCAGCUGGAGAAUGACCUCAACCUCAUGGACAUAAAAAUUGGCUUGCUGGUGAAGAACAAAAUCACGCUGCAGGAUGUUGUGUCUCACAGCAAGAAGCUUACCAAGAAGAAUAAGGAGCAGCUCUCGGACAUGAUGAUGUUGAACAAGCAAAGGGGAGGCUUGAAGGCUCUGAGCAAAGAGAAGAGGGAGAAGCUGGAGGCCUAUCAGCAUCUCUUCUACUUGCUGCAGACUAACCCCACCUACCUGGCUAAGCUGAUUUUCCAAAUGCCCCAGAACAAAUCCACAAAAUUCAUGGACUCUGUCAUCUUCACGCUGUACAACUACGCCUCCAAUCAGCGGGAGGAGUACCUGUUGCUGCGCCUCUUCAAGACUGCACUGCAGGAGGAGAUCAAAUCAAAGGUGGAUCAGCUGCAGAUUGUGACGGGAAACCCCACAGUGAUCAAGAUGGUGGUGAGCUUCAACCGUGGUGCUCGUGGACAGAACACCUUGAGGCAGAUCCUGGCCCCAGUUGUGAAGGAGAUCAUGGAGGACAAAUCUCUCAAUAUUAAAACUGAUCCAGUGGACAUCUACAAGUCCUGGGUCAACCAGAUGGAGUCACAGACCGGAGAGGCCAGCAAGCUGCCCUACGACGUCACUCCGGAGCAAGCCCUGGCCCACGAGGAGGUCAAGACUCGCCUGGAUGCCUCCAUCAAGAACAUGCGGGCCAUCACCGACAAGUUUCUGCUGGCCAUCAUCGGCUCCCUGGAGAAAAUCCCCUACGGCAUGCGCUUCAUUGCCAAGGUCUUGAAAGAUUCACUACACGAAAAAUUUCCUGACGCCAGUGAGGAUGAUCUGCUGAAGAUUGUAGGCAACCUUCUGUACUAUCGCUACAUGAACCCGGCCAUUGUGGCUCCGGAUGCCUUUGACAUCAUUGAUCUGUCAGCUGGAGGACAGCUGACGACAGACCAACGGCGAAACCUCGGCUCCAUUGCAAAAAUGUUGCAGCAUGCAGCAUCCAACAAGAUGUUCCUGGGGGACAAUGCACACCUAGGCAUCAUCAACGAGUACCUUUCUCAGUCCUACCAGAAAUUCAGGCGGUUUUUCCAGGCUGCUUGUGAAGUCCCAGAGCUGCAAGAGAAGUUCAAUGUUGAUGAAUAUUCAGACUUGGUGACCCUCACGAAGCCAGUGAUCUAUAUUUCCAUUGGAGAAAUAAUAAACACACACACUCUGCUUUUGGACCAUCAAGAUGCCAUCGCUCCUGAGCACAAUGACCCUAUUCAUGAGCUUCUGGAUGACCUGGGGGAGGUGUCCACCAUUGAAUCUCUGAUAGGAGAGGGAUCUGGCAGCGUGAAUGAUCCAGCCAGUAAAGAGAUGUUGGCCAAGACAGAAGUUUCACUCACACUGACUAACAAAUUUGAUGUUCCUGGGGACGAGAACGCAGAGAUGGAUGCCAAGACAAUUCUGCUGAACACAAAGCGCUUAAUUGUGGAUGUGAUCCGCUUCCAGCCAGGAGAGACACUGACUGAGAUCCUGGAAACUCCAGCCACUGCUGAACAGGAAGCCGAACACCAGAGAGCCAUGCAGAGGCGAGCCAUUCGGGAUGCCAAAACUCCUGACAAGAUGAAGAAAUCCAAAGCGGUCAAGGAGGACAGCAACCUGAGCCUUCAAGAAAAGAAGGAAAAGAUAAAAUCGGCCCUGAAGAAGCUGACUGAACUGGGGACAGUGAACCCCAAGAACAGAUACCAGGAUCUGAUCAACGAUGUGGCCAAGGACAUUCGAAAUCAGCGGCGCUAUCGCCAAAGGAGAAAAGCAGAGCUGGUGAAGUUGCAGCAGACCCACAACGCCCUCACCUCCAAGGCGACUUUUUACGAGGAGCAGGUGGAUUACUACAAGAGCUAUAUCAAAACGUGCCUGGAUAACUUGGCCAGCAAGGGCAAGGUUUCCAAAAAACCACGGGAGAUGAAGGGAAAGAAGAGCAAAAAGAUCUCGCUGAAAUACACGGCAGCCCGGCUCCAUGAAAAGGGAGUCCUGUUGGAAAUUGAAGAUCUGCAAGCCAGCCAAUUCAAAAAUGUGAUAUUUGAAAUUAGCCCAACGGAAGAAGUCGGAGACUUUGAGGUAAAAGCAAAGUUCAUGGGUGUACAGAUGGAGACGUUCAUUCUACAUUAUCAGGAUCUGUUGCAGCUCCAGUAUGAAGGUGUGGCUGUCAUGAAGUUGUUUGACCGAGCAAAAGUGAAUGUCAAUCUCCUCAUUUUUCUUCUAAACAAGAAGUUCUAUGGGAAGUAACUCUUGUUACUUGGAAAUCUGUGGAAAAGGAGCUUUGAGUUUCUUUCUGUGAGCUGCUUCACCCAUCAGUGGCUCCCAAAACGAGCAGCUCUCUUCCCACACUGCCAACCUCGGCUGGUUCCAGAUCUUUGCACCCAUCCUGACGUAUGGCUGCACUGCCUGCUGCAUAUUGUUUCCCAUGUACUCAACACCCAGAAUUAAACCAUUAUUAGCCUGA